CGUAACCAUUUACGAGAAUGCAUUUGCGAACCAACAAAUGCAUACAAGCUGCUUUAUCGAUCGGCCUCGAAGGUGAACGAUGAAGCUCCAUAUGCAUAAUGAACCGAUCGAAGAGAAGGAACUUUUUAUUACAAAAUGUUUCUGCUCCGACGUUUAAGGAAUUGGGGUAUGUCCGUAGGUUGAAAGCAUGAUAUUGCAUUCUUUGCAAUGCGAUUGCAUUUCAAACCGGCGGUCCUCGCCGACACAAUCUCGCGGGUCAAAGAACUGUCCCGCAUUGGAAGCUGGCACGAGGUGUUGGUCCGCUUUAACGAAGCGAAGCGAGCAGGAGUUGAGAUCACCGAGCCUUCGGUGAUCAAUUCCGUCGUCAAGGCGGCUUCGAAGCUAUCGAACGAACAUGGGAAGUCCAUCCACGCUUGGGUGCUCAAGCGGGGUCUCGACGGGUUCUCCUCCGUCGGCAACUCCAUCACGGACUCGUACGUGAAGUGCGGGGACUUGGAGUCUGCCCUGGGCGUCUUCCGGUCCAUGCGAAGCAGGGACUCCGUGUCGUGGAACGUGCUCAUUCAUGGGUUCCUUCGUCGGGGAGAUUUGGGACGAGGGCUGUCGUGGUUUCGGCGAGCCCGGGUUGACGGGUUCGAACCCGGUGUCUCCACUCUGGUACUGGUUCUCCAGGCGUGUCGCAGCAUCCGGUUGGUGAACGAAUUGUUUGAGCUGCAUGGUUAUGUGAUAAAGAAUGGGUUCUGGGGCUCUGUCUCGGUGCAGAACUCUCUGUUGGGAGGGUACGCGGAUGUCGAUAUGGAGCGUGCGGAGGACAUGUUCGAUGAAAUGCUCGAGAGGGAUGUCAUAUCGUGGAGUGUGAUGAUAGCUGGGUAUCUUCAUAACGAGGAAGCUGAUCUUGGCUUCCGGAUGUUUGUAAAGAUGGUUUCGGAGGCCAAGAUUGACCCCGAUGAGGUGACUGUAGUGAGUGUCCUGAAAGCUUGCGCUGGUAUCCGGUCUUUGAUUGUGGGAAAGAUGGCCCAUGGCUUUGUGCUCGGGAAGGGUUUGGAUGUUGAUUCGUUUGUGGAGAACUCUUUGAUUGAUAUGUAUUGCAAGUGUAGAGAUGUCGACUCUGCGGUUAGUGUUUUCAGAGAUAUGACGUGGAGGAACCUCGUCUCGUGGAACUCGAUCGUUUCUGGAUAUGUUCUUAACGAGAAGUACUCGGAAGCUCUGUCGAUGUUUUGUUCAAUGGGAAAGGAAGGGAUUGAGGCAGAUGAAGUGACCCUUGUGAAUGUCCUUCAGACAUGCAAGCAUUACGUGAAUCUUUGCUGGUGCAAGUCAGUACACUGUCUAGCUUUGAGGAAGGGAUAUGAAUCAAAUGACUUUCUGCAGAACUCUCUGAUUGAUGCGUAUAUAAAAUGUGGUAGGAUAGAGAUUGCCUGGGACCUUUUCGAUAGCAUGGAGAAGGACACAGUUUCGUGGAGCACGAUGAUUUCCGGGCUCACCAACAAUGGGGAGCCUGACGAGGCCAUCACAGUGUUCAGCAAGAUGAUACGUGCUCAAGAGAGGCCAAAUGCAAUUACCAUCAUCAAUUUGCUCGAUGCUUGUUCGGUUUCGGCCGAACUGAAAAGGUCAAAAUCCGCCCACGGAAUAGCAAUCCGGACAUGCCUGGCACCAGAAGUGGCUGUCGGAACUGCCAUCGUCGACAUGUACUCGAAAUGUGGCACGAUAGAAUCAUCGAGAAAGGUUUUUGACCAAAUGCCCAACAGAAAUGUCCUCUCGUGGAGUGCCAUGGUAGCUGGGUACGGCAUGAAUGGCCUUGCACGUGAAGCCCUGACUUUGCUUGCCCAGAUGAAGCUGCACAACAUUAAGCCCAACGAAGUGACUGCCCUUUCUGUUUUAUCAGCUUGCAGUCACGGUGGCUUGGUCGAAGAGGGGCUUUCCUUCUUCCAAUCGAUGGUCGAUGAGCACGAUCUCCGCCAAGAUGUAGAACAUUAUUCGUGCGUGGUAGACAUGUUGAGUCGAGCAGGAAAGCUUGAUAAGGCCAUGGACUUGAUCAAAGAGAUGCCUGAAGGAUUGGAAUCCAAGGCCAGCGCUUGGGGGGCGCUAUUGAGCGCUUCCAAAAGCUUUGGAAAUGAAUACAUGGGCAAGGACGUCGUUCCUCGGAUUCUCGAGUUGGAACCAUUGAACUCGGCAAACUACAUGCUCGCAUCGAGCAUGUAUGCGGUAGGCGGUUUGUGGAGCGAUGCUGCGAGGAUGAGGAGGUUGGCAAAAGAGAGAGCGAUCGGUGUAAUAGCCGGGUACAGCGCUGUUAAUGUUGAGGACAGAUCGUGUAGGUUUAUUGCUGGGGACGAGUCGCACCCGCGAGCCUGCGAGAUACGAUCCAUGGUUAAGCAGUUGCAUCGCUGCAUGAGGAUUGACAGGAGCAGUGGUUCGAUGGCGAUCGAAUGCUGAUGCACCAGAUUUUUGUGAAGUUAAACCUGUCCAUCCAAUGAAGGGCAGCCGAGAUCGUUAUGUAUGACUUUAACGGUUCUGUUUGAUGUUUGUA